CUAGAUUUCUUACUAUAUAUUUCACCAAUACUGCUACUACAUACUGCACUGACCCAUUUUGUUGCCAUGCAUUCAAAUUUAGAUAUGAAGAUUCAAAAUCUUCUUGUCACAAGCCUCCUAGCCCUUACCUUUUUGCUCCCCUGCAUUCAAAGUUUGAAGCCAUGUCAUUACUCUACUGUGUUAAACAGGAGUAGUUUUCCGGCUGGUUUUCUAUUUGGAGCAGGAUCAAGUGCUUAUCAGUCUGAGGGAGCAGCAUAUGUAGAUGGCAAGACAAGAAGUAUCUGGGAUUCUUUUGUUAUUGAACAUCCAGGGAAGAUUUCGGACCAUAGUAAUGGGGAUGUAGCCGAUGAAUUUUAUUAUCUCUAUAAGGAGGAUGUUGCUGCGAUGAAAGAAAUUGGUCUGGACACAUUCAAAUUCUCCAUCUCAUGGCCCAGAGUAUUACCAAAGGGAACAAUUAGCGGGGGAGCGAAUUGGAAAGGUGUCGAUUUCUACAAUUCUCUCAUCAAUGAGCUAAUAUCAAAUGGUAUAGAGCCCUUCGUCACAAUAUUCCAUUGGGAUCUUCCACAGGUCCUGGAAGAUGAAUAUGGUGGAUUUUUAAGCCCUCAGAUUGUGAAUGAUUUUCGUGAUUACGCUGAUUUCUGCUUCCGAGAAUUUGGCGAUAGAGUAAAGUACUGGAUCACUUUGAAUGAGCCAAAUUUAUAUAGUAAAUAUGGAUAUGCAACCGGAGAGUACGCACCAGGUCGUUGUUCCAACUAUAUUGGAAAUUGCACAGAAGGAAACUCUGCAACAGAGCCCUAUUUAGUGACCCACCACAUGAUUCUUUCUCAUGCAACAGCUGCAAAUUUAUACGGGCACAAGUAUAAGGCUUCCCAAAAGGGGAUAAUUGGGAUAACAGUAAACACCGAAUGGCAAAUACCUAAAUAUCAAACAGUUUCAUGCAGAAAAGCUGCCCUCAGAGCUCUCGAUUUUAAACUCGGAUGGAUUGUCCAUCCAUUGACGUUUGGUGAUUAUCCAAAGACCAUGAGAAAUUUAGUUGGGAAUCGACUGCCUAAUUUUACAGAUGAACAAACAAUUCUGAUAAAAGGUUCCCUGGACUUCGUUGGAGUGAAUUACUAUACGACGAGAUAUGCAGAAAAAUCUAAUUCUAGCAGCAGUCUCCUGAGUUACACAACGGAUAGUCAUGUUAACGACACUGUUGAGAAAAAUGGGAUUCCUAUUGGUGAACUGGCAGGAGGCAAUUGGAUUUAUAUGUACCCGAGAGGACUUGGAGAGCUUUCGCUAUAUGUAAAGAGAGAAUACAAUCUUCCUAUUUACAUCACUGAGAAUGGAAUGGCGGACGCAAAUAAUAGUUCGUUAUCAGUUGAUGAAGCUCUCGACGAUAGCUUGAGAAUAACAUAUCUCCAACUUCAUCUAUCAGAUCUCCUACAAGCUAUCCAGAAAGGGGCUGAUGUUAGAGGGUAUUCUGUGUGGUCAUUUCUCGAUGACUUUGAGUGGGCUUCUGGUUAUACUUUACGUUUUGGUUUCACUUAUGUAGAUUAUAGUAACGGAGUGAGAAGAUAUCUCAAAAAAUCUGCUUUAUGGUACAAAAAAUUCUUACAAAAGAAAAAUGUGACCACCCAUCAAUCUUCUUUAUUAUUCUCUGUAUAAUUGAACAUAUUGUUCAAGGCACUUGAUGACUUUAAAUAAAUAAUAUAUA